UCCCUUAACAGGCUGACUGCCAAUAGCAGAGCAGGGGACGGUGUUUCCCGCUCCGCCAUCCGCCUGGGGAGAGUAUAUAGGAGCGGAGUCAGUCCAGGAGACAACAGGUGCACCGGGCAUGACCGGAUCCUCACAUAGGCUCAGGAAGGGAGUGACGCCUUACAAAUGUUAUGGAAACUGAAGAUGCGUCUGAAAAGUGGAGAUUCAAAUGACUGGGGCAAUAUGAGGAGAAGGCUAAGAGAUUUUGUAGGAAAGAGAAGACACUGUCACUUCAAGGGACAAAACGACGCUCAGCGCGUAUCAUACAAGCGGUUCAGGAGGCGGAUCAUUCAGCGGGGCAGCUGUGCUGCGAGCACACCGCUGACCACUGGGCGGCGCUGUGAGCCCAGCUUUGAGUUUGAUACAGUCCGUCAGAGACUGGAGCUGGAUUCUCCACCGAGACACCAUGAACCAGAACCGAGAGUCCCACAGGGAGACCUUCAAGAAACAUCCUUGGUGGGAGGUGUGGCUUUCACACCAAUGAACACACCACGCACCAUCACUGACAGCAGCUGGCUUGCCACGGGAAAUGCCCCAGAACAGGGAUGGAUGUGGAGAGCUGCAGUUCAAGAUGAUGUAAAUGCACAAUGGGCUGGCUCUGAUGAGGGAAGACAUGAUUUGCAGCCAUUUGCUGUUCUGGACGAAGCUUCUGUGAGUCUGCAGGAAAAGUCGGAGAUGAAGUUGGCGGCGCCGUCACUGCUUAAUGACUUCUACACUAAUCUUCUUGACUGCAGUUGUAACGGUAUGAUUGCAUUAGCACUGGGCUCUUCUGUUUACCUUUGGAAUUCAGAAACUUGUGCUUUGGUGGGAUAUUUGGACCCGAAUCCAAAACCAGGACGACCAUCGGACCGUCAGACUCAGUCCAUCUCGUGUCUGUGCUGGAGUAGAGAUGGCAGACUUCUCUGCAUUGGGACCAGGCGAGGGGAGAUACAGAUGUGGGAUGUUGAAUACAAGCAGAACAUAAGGUGUCUACCAUCACACUUUUCUGUGGUCAGAGCUCUUUCCUGGAAACAGCAGUUACUCAGCAGCGGCUCUGUUCUUGGGCGUAUCAAUCACCUUGACCCUCGCGCUCCUACACCUCUGGUCGGUGCAGCCGUCCAGAAGGACGCGAUCUGCAGUCUUCAGUGGUCACCAGAUGGUGACUGGCUAGCGAGUGGCUCCACAGAGGGCCAUCUCUGUAUAUGGGAUAGUGAUGUCACAGGGCUAACAAGGUCUCGUCAGCCAAUCACUACGAUGAAACAGCCAAGCGCUGUUAAGGCAAUGGGAUGGUGCCCAUGGCAGAGAAAGAUGAUUGCAACCGGAGGGGGAUGGAAAGACGGAGAACUGAGGAUCUGGGACACAGAUUCAGGGACUUGUGUGACAUCUGCCAGCACAAAUUCACAGAUCUGUUCUCUACGAUGGGCUGAAAAGAAGAGAUGUCUCAUCACAGGUCAUGGUCUUCCUCAGAACCACGUCACUAGCUGGACCUGGGAGUUUCCCUCCCUUACCCCAAUGCAUCAGUUCACAGGUCAUUCUCAGCGGGUCCUGCACCUGGCCUUAAGUCCUGAUAGCACACGGAUUUUCUCUGCUGGAGCUGACCAGCGCUUUCACAUCUGGAAAUGUUUAUUUUGAAUUUACGCUAGAUAUAAUAAACAAAUAUU